GCGGGCGCGGGAGCCGAGCCGGGGCGCGAGCCGAGCGCAGCCUUCUUCGCCAGCCCGGCCAAGCGGGCACCGCGGGCUGCGCGGGACGAGCGCACCGGCGGGCGUACGGGGACACGGCGCGCCGGGGCCGCCGCCGAGGGGGAUGCGGCUGCCUCCCCGGGCCGGCGUGUAGAGAGGGCGGGUCCCCGGCCUCGGGAGCGCGGCGGUGGAGGGGACAGAGGCGGCGGCCAUGGCGACCCCCAACCUGGGGUCCUCCGUCCUGGCGAGCAAGACCAAGACCAAGAAGAAGCACUUCGUCGCGCAGAAAGUGAAGCUGUUUCGGGCCAGCGAUCCGCUGCUCAGCGUCCUGAUGUGGGGGGUAAACCACUCGAUCAAUGAACUGAGCCAUGUUCAAAUCCCUGUUAUGUUGAUGCCAGAUGACUUCAAAGCCUAUUCAAAGAUAAAGGUGGACAAUCACCUUUUUAACAAAGAAAACAUGCCGAGCCACUUCAAGUUUAAGGAAUACUGCCCCAUGGUUUUCCGUAACCUGCGGGAGAGGUUUGGAAUCGAUGAUCAGGAUUUCCAGAAUUCCCUGACCCGGAGUGCACCUCUUCCCAACGACUCCCAGGCUCGCAGUGGAGCGCGAUUCCACACGUCCUACGACAAGAGGUAUAUCAUCAAGACCAUCACGAGUGAAGAUGUGGCCGAAAUGCAUAACAUCCUGAAGAAAUACCACCAGUAUAUAGUGGAAUGUCACGGGAUCACCCUUCUUCCCCAGUUCCUGGGCAUGUACCGGCUUAAUGUGGAUGGAGUUGAAAUAUAUGUGAUUGUUACAAGAAAUGUGUUCAGCCACCGUUUAUCUGUAUAUAGGAAAUACGACUUAAAGGGCUCCACAGUGGCCAGGGAAGCAAGUGACAAAGAAAAGGCCAAAGAACUGCCAACUCUAAAGGAUAAUGAUUUCAUUAAUGAGGGUCAGAAGAUUUAUAUUGAUGACAACAACAAAAAGGUAUUCCUGGAAAAGCUGAAGAAGGAUGUAGAGUUUCUUGCCCAGUUGAAGCUCAUGGACUACAGCCUGCUGGUGGGAAUCCACGACGUGGAGAGAGCCGAGCAGGAGGAGGUGGAGUGUGAGGAGGACGGGGAGGAGGAGGGGGAGAGCGACGGCGCCCACCCUGUGGGGACCCCUCCCGACAGCCCUGGGAACACGCUCAACAGCUCGCCACCCUUGGCUCCGGGCGAGUUUGAUCCAAACAUUGACGUCUAUGGAAUUAAAUGCCAUGAAAAUUCGCCUCGGAAGGAGGUGUACUUUAUGGCAAUUAUUGACAUUCUGACUCAUUAUGAUGCGAAAAAGAAAGCUGCCCACGCUGCAAAAACUGUUAAACACGGCGCUGGUGCGGAGAUCUCCACCGUGAACCCCGAACAGUAUUCCAAGCGCUUUUUGGACUUUAUUGGCCACAUCUUGACGUAACGUCCUGCGCAACUGUGGAUGGAUGUGAGCAUGGGAAGGACAGAGGUGGCUUCAGUGCAGGAAAAAUGAACACCAAACUCAGUGAAGCACACCUCCUCGUUUACAUCUUCAGGCCAAGAUGACUGACUUGGGGGCUACUCGCUUUAAUAGCUACCUGAUAUUUCCCAGCAUCAUUCUAGCUAUUUCUGACGUGUGUGUGUCUGCACGUGUGUGCAUCUUAAAAAUCGAUUGAUUAAUGGAAACUGACCAGCUUUGGUCAGUGUGUGUUUGGGGCAACAAACCUCUGAUUCCAGCUGUGGACAAAUGAAUGAAUAAAUGAAUGAAUGAGUGAGCGAACACAAGAGGGGGGAGGGGGAGAAGGCAAUGCAUGUCAGACCAACCAGGUUGGCAUCACACGAUAAACUGUGGAUCAGUUUAUUUUCUGGAAUUGAAAGAUGUGAGACAGUAUUCGUAAUAAUAAUGAAGAUAAUAAUAAUGAUGAUAAUAAUAAUGAUGGUGAUUAAGAGGGAAAAAAAAAAAACUUACUGCAGAUGUUACACUUCUACCACGCACGCUGACACUCCUUAAUAGUUGUACCUGGGCGCUGGACGAAGGAGGCUGGCAUCUCCCGUGCCUCCUGGUUUGGGUGUUGGGAUUCCCUGUGUCCGGGGACAAACACCCCUCCUCCAGCAGGAAGCUGAUGCCCCUAGUGACUCUUCUCUGUACAUUUUCACCUCAGUAAAUAUGUCCAGGAAAACUGCUUACUUCUCUUUUCUUGCCUGGAGCUUCUUCACUGAUAACACUCUUUCGUUGCAAUACAGGAAUUAAUGCUACAAAAUAAAAACAAAAGCUUAUCUGAAAAGUGCAUAGUUUUGGGCAAUGGUAUCUACAUCUCCCAUGGUGGGAAGGUGAGCAAAGCAUUUAGAACUCUCAAUUCUCCUGUUGAACAGUGGUAUUUUGUUAUAAAUUUGCCCUUUAACUGAAAUCCUCAAUAUUACUGUUUACAUUAUUAGGAAAACAGGGAUAUUUUUGAAUCUAAAAAUUUAAUGUACAGCACGUGAUUUUCGAAGUUUACAUGUAAAGUCAUUUUACAGUGUAGGUGAAAUAAUGUUUGUCAUAUUUUGAAAUGUAUCCUGCAGUUACGUUUUGGAGUGAAUGUUUUAUUCAAAGUACCAGGUAGACAGUCUUUUAUAGUAAAAAGAAAAGGGUUGUUUUCCUCCAGAUGUACAUUAUCAGUCUAAUGAUUUUUUUAUUUUUAAAGAAAAUGUUUAACCCAGAUCUGGUUAUGUAAGUUCAUUGCCCUAAACUGUGCUGACUGUGUCUAAUCAAGUUAUAAAUUUCCAACAUCGAUCAUGUAUUUACCAACUUCCUGGCAUUUUCUGAAAGGCGUCAAGCUAAAAUAUUAGACUUGCUUAGGAGUACGUUAUCAACUUAUACACUGUGCUAAAGCUGUGCCUUUGAAAUUCUUUGUUUAAAAUGUGAGAUGAUUUUUGUAGGCAGGUUCAGGAAAGAAAAAAAAAAUCCACCCUUUAAUAAUUACUUGCAACUCAACAAAUAGUCCCGCCAUACUGCCUCUUCCAGUAACUUUGCUUCAGGGCUUAUCAAGUCUGCAACUGUGCCCACAGUAUAUAGUUUUACUUCAGAAAAUACGAGGUGACAGCAGCUGGAAUCUGGGGGGCAAGGCCAUUCUACCCCAUAUACUGACUUCACUCGGAAUCGUUAUCCUCAGCAGACGACGUUGACAGCACUGUGAUCUGGUUGUCCAAAUUUGUAUUUCAUGUGUCUAAAUUAAUUGAAAUGGUGAUUUAAUAUGCCCCCACCCCCACCCCACCAUUCAUUCUGGCAUCGAGUUCCUUUCAGUGCUCUGAAGUUAGGCUGCAGUUUCUUUAAUCCAGGAUUACAAAUGUGAGACCCUGAAGUAAAGAGAAGGUACCCACACAUUAUUUGAGUAACUGUUUCCUGUGUGGCCCAUCUGUGUAUGCUUUUAGAAGUUUACAAAAUGCUUUAUUUUUGUCUGUAACAGUCUCUCUCAUCCAUCCUGUUGAUCAAAUCUUUGGACAGAGUGAGGAAGUUUGCCUUGUAUCUUCUAGUGCUAACAGUACACUCCAGUUAUGAGCCGGGCUUUACAAAAUAAAGCACUUUGAUGACUCACAAGGUGGAGUCUUUGUGCAUCUCUCUCAA